AGAUUUACGUUAUUCGAUUGUAACGGAUUUCACGUAUUACGUGUACGAAGCUGAACAUAACAAAUUUGUCGUGAUGUGGGUAAUGAUUAAAUUUAGAUAACGCACAGUAAUGAGCAACAUGUGAUGAUAAAAUAUAAAGGCGACGUGUUUGGAAAAGAAAUUGGUCUUUAGGUGUACAGAAGAUCGUAACGAUACACCAAUGGCCUAUCAGUCUUUCCGGCAGGAGUACAUGCAAAUACCUGUGGUGACACGAGCUUACACAACAGCUUGUGUCAUCACGACUCUUGCUGUGCAAUUAGAUUUGGUAUCUCCAUUUCGGUUGUAUUUUAAUCCUACAUUGAUCAUUGAACAAUAUCAGCUAUGGAGAUUAAUAACCACGUUUUUAUUUUUUGGAAAUAUGGGUUUCAAUUUCCUUUUCAACAUGAUCUUUACCUAUCGAUACUGUCGAAUGCUAGAGGAAGGAUCAUUUCGUAGAAGGACAGCUGACUUUGUAAUGAUGUUCAUUUUUGGAGGCAUAUGUAUGAUUACAUUUGCAUUUUUUGUUAAUUUGUUAUUUCUGGGCCAUGCAUUCACGAUUAUGUUGGUAUAUGUUUGGUCACGGAGAAAUCCAUUUGUUAGAUUAAACUUUUUCGGACUUUUAAAUUUCCAAGCACCAUAUUUGCCUUGGGUGCUGCUUGGAUUUUCUGUACUUCUUGGUAAUACAAUUUGGGUGGAUCUAGUUGGAAUGGCUGUGGGACAUAUGUAUUACUUUGCAGAAGAUGUAUUUCCACGUUUACGGGGAGGUUUUCGUGUUCUAAAAACUCCACAAAUACUUAAGACUUUGUUUGACGCACAUCCAGAAGAUCCAGAUUAUACUCCGCCGCCUGAAGAUCGUCCUGGUGGAUUUAAUUGGGGUCAAGAAGCCAAUAUACAAUGAUUUUAAAUUCAAGGUCCUGCUUCCAAACCAUCUCUUACUGAUUGGCAUAUCAAGUAAACUUUUACAUUGCUAUAUAUAAAACAUUGUUCCUUGAUUUUUCCAGUUACUAAAAAACAGUACUAAAUAUUUGCAGCCUUGAUAUUAUGUAAAAUGUAAUGAAAAACUUAUGACAAAGAUAAGACUUCCAAUUUUCUAGCAGGGGUUACAAUUUUUUCAUUGAACGCAAAUAAUAUACAUAAAUGAAAACAGUAUUUCUCAGAUAAUCGACUAUUGUGAUAUAUUUAUAGUGCUUACGAGAAUACAAAGAAGCUUCAUACUGAUAACGUAUUUGUUAAAAAUAUUUUAAAAUGUAUUUGGUCAUUUAUUAAUAUAGUAUAAUUUGCAAAAUUUCUAUAUAGUACAAAAUUUAAUAUAUCUUCACAAAAAUGUGAAUUCUAAAUUCUCUUCUGAAUUACAUUUCUGUAAGUGUUUAAUUCAUUAUGAGAUUCGUUUAAAUACUGUUUUCGUUAUAAUUAUAUAAUGCACAGUAUGAAUUUUUACUACAAUCUUGUGCCUGAUAAGAUAUACAAUUUUAACUAAAAAUAGGAAAUUACAACUUUUACAUUUUUGUUAAACAAGAAAAGACUCGUAUAAUAGAGUAUAAAAUACUAUUUUUACUGUUUGCAAAAACACAAAAUUGAAACCCCUGAUUCCAAAACAUUAUAUUGUAAAAAUCUUACAUAAUUGAAUGUUGUAAAUAAUUUUAUUUAUUCUCCUAUUAUAAAUAAUCCCCCGGUAUUUUUUAAUUAUGUAAUAAUACAUUUGAUACCAUGUCUGAGAAUAUGUAACAUUGUAAAUAAUAGAAUACAUCACAGUUUCUUUUCUUAUGGGCAUUUGAUAAAAUGGUAUCAUAAGAUAUACAUUGUUAUUUAAUUUCAAAAUCAGAAAAGAUUUAAUAAAACAUGCAAUGGCAUUCCUUUUUUUGUGAUGUUUAUAAUAUGCGAGUAUGAAUGAAAAAAGCUAUUAAUAAAUUAACAAAGAUAACAUAGUUCUUAGAUAAAUUUAAUUAUUUUUUUUCCCCCUAGUAAACCAAUAACUCAUCAAUUGCUUGGUUUAGAAUAUCAUAUUGCACGUUAUACUGUGAUGUGUUCAUAUUUCCUAUCAGCAUUCUAGUAUAUAAUAGAACAAUUCAUUUGUCAAACUUACUAUGACAAAGCGUACAUCGGCAGAAAGCCAAAGUAUUACAAAGAAUUUCCACUUGAACAGUUAUGUAUGACUUACUAGAUGGUAGUUAAAACUGUGAGAGACUUGUGUAACUUGCGUCUUUUUGGAAAAUAAGCGCGAUAUUUUGUUGAUAGCGCAAUUGAAAAUACAUUUUGUCUAAGUUUUUGCAAGUUCUAGUUGUAUGACCCAAAAGAACGCAGUUGGUAUAAGACUUUAACAAUUUUAACUGCAAGAAUCCAGGCAAUGAGAACCUCUGGGAUUUAACUAGAUAGUAGCCUUUUUGUAAAUACUAGGUAAAAAUGUUAUUUAUAUAACCAUUAUAAUGAAAUAAAAUGGUUCGAUUUAGUUUGAAA